AUGUUACAUAUAACAUAUAGCAAAGCUCAACUAGACAAGGAUAAGCUGUUGGAUCGUGAUUGUAUGACAGGACUGCAACUGCAAAUAAAAAAGAUCAUUGAUUACCUUACCAACAACGAAUCACCUACUGUCACUCUUUGCAGUGACACCGCAAAGUGGGUCAUCAAGGGAGUACCAAUCACCGAACAUCUUAUUAGAUACAGACAAGAACCCAUUGACAAAGCAAAUGUGUGGAACGAGAUGGUUGAAGAAUGUGAUGAACAGUAUCAUAUUAAAGAUUUACUGAUGGACACCAUCACUUGCAUUCACCAAUUCACAAAGGCUGCAAGAAAAGACUUUACAAAAUGCAAGCCAAUUAUUAAGCAGCUUCCCGACAAUUUGUUCGGAUAUAAUGAAAGAAUUGAGUGUUCAUUACGAAGUCUUAUUGAUACCCACUCACCCGAUGCGUCUGAAAAAGCUAUAAAAAUGGAAAGCUCGUUCACACUCGAUGCUAUCGAUCCCGUUCUUCUGCCGUUUUUUAAAGAAACUGAUUUGAUUACGCGAAAAGGCACUGAUGGCCAAGUUACCGGAUCGAAAGUAAGAAGAGGAAAAGUAGGACGCUUUGUGGAUUUGUCGAUGGUAUUCGAAUUCGCGGGUAUGCCCGAACAAACAUUGGUAAUUGUGGAAAUCAAGGCGCCUUCCAAGGUUGCUGACGGUAGCAGACCUGAUUUCAUAAAAAUGGCAAAUGAAAUGAAAGAUAGCAUCGAUAAUUUCAUUGAAGAAGGAUUCGAUGAUGAUGAAAUUUUUGCUACUGGAAUUUUAGUGGAAGUUUUUGUGAUGGAUCCCAAAUACCAAGCGACAUACCAUCUAAUGCCCCGUUGCAUUUUCUACUUGCCACAGUCAUGGCACAACUUUAAUGUGCUUCCUGAAGCAUACGAAGCAAUGGUAGCAGUAAGAUUUAAAUAUAAUUAUUAG